AAAAAGUACCUACAAGUAUCAAACCUACGGGAGUGCCGUGCGUGGAAGAAACAGCUUAACCUCCGGCGGAAAACCUCGCGUGGGGGUUCUCUAAUGCCGGCCACCUUCGCGCAGCCCGCGGAGAGCGUCGAGGGGGCCGAGUGCAGAUGGAGAGAAGCGAGGACGCAAGGCGUCGAGGCCUUCCGGCGGGGCGAUUUGCACGCCGCCGACGGACACUUCCGGGACGCGCUCGCGCGGCUGUGCCCCGUGAUCCUCGGCAGCGACGACCCGACCCAGCCGGACGGCGACGCGCGCGACGGCGCCGGCAUCGAGGAAAUACCGCAGUACGAAACCUGGACGCGGCAGUGGGCGGCCGAGCUGCUGAGCUGCCGCGCGGCCGCGCUGCUCGGCCAGAAGCGGUACCGCGACGCGCUCGCGCAGGCGGAGAAGGCGCUGGAGUUGCGGGACGACUGGGCCAAGCCCGGGAUGCAGGUCUGCAAGGCGCGCCUCGGCCUCGGCCAGUACGAUAAAGCACUAGAGUGCUCGCGCGUCGCCUCGUUGCAAGCGACGCCCGCGUUGCGGGAGGAAGCGCGCAAGUUCCGCGCGCGGGUCGAGAAGGCGGCGUACGGCAAGGUCCUCGGGGAGACUCCGCCGCCGCCGCCGCCGCUCCCGCAGGGAACGCUGUGCCCCGCGGACCCCGGCGAGUGGGACCACGUGGACCUGCUCCCGCCGGACGCGUGCAAAGAUAGGUUGGCCGCGGUGCUGGCGCGCUGCGAGGAGGCCGACGCUAUCGCAUUGCUGGACGAGGCGCACGCCAAGGUCGAGCGGGACGGCGAGGGGACGAGGGACGCUGUGAUGAAGCCCCUCAUGGUGCGCCUGCAGGCGGACGCCCUCGCGGACUUUGGCUAUCCGAGCGGGGAGCGCGGCGUCGCCCGGUUCGGCAUGGAGAUGCGGAAGGCGAUGCGGGGCUUCCCGGACGACGCGGAGUUCCGCGGUCUCGUCGCCGAGCUGUCGACCUACGGCCGGCCGCGCGCGUAA